GUUGGUGUGACCCCUGCGGACUAAACACGAGCCCAUGAACCUUCUUCAGGAACUAACAUGAAACGAUUUAUUCCAGCUGGCUCAUAAGCUGUUGUACUAUCUCGGUUCCUGUCUCUUCAGACCGUCCGCAUUCAAACACCCCAGGAAUCCCUACAUAGAUUAGACCCGACACCGGAAGAUGGAACGGCAACUACCGACGCGUGGGGUACGCGUUUUUGAUUCUCAGAUAGCACCAGAACGCCAUGGAGUGAAGCGUGAAUAUGAAGAUCCGGUUACGCCUUUUGCGGACGGUACACAAGUAAGCGAGGGUUUCAGAUUCCUACCUGUGCCUACCGAGACGGAUGAUCUUCAAACGACUUGCACGAAGCUUGAAGAGCUAGCUAAAAUAGUCGAGCAAGGAAACAGUCUCGCACUAUUCACGGGACUAAAACUAGCAGCAUACCCAUCAAAAAGCGACCCGGAGAGCGUGGCCAUGAGCCAGCUGACAUCGCAAGAGCUGUGGAUGUAUGAGACUUGGAAGGAGAUGAAGACGAGACAAGACACCGAGUAUAAGAAUGGUGACCGUUCCUGCAACGAAGGGGAUAGCAAUGGUAUGAAGCUACCGUACUUCGACUGGGAGCAGAACGUGGCGCCGGUGCCCCAGGGAGCUCAUAGUCUCAAGAGGUUUACGCAGCGGGCGGCGGCUAUGGACGUGGUCUUUGGCCAUCGAGGCGCUACACCUGAAAAUGCUUCCUGGCUUACGUCGCACAUGAUAUUUAUGCUACCCCUGGUAAAAGCUGUCACCAAGGUUACCAACAUUACAAAGAACCUUCAGAACAGCCACCUGUCUCGCCAGACACGUGGGUUGACAGAGAUGGAGGUGGCCGAGGUUGAAACGGCACGCAAAUUGGUUUCUAUUGUGAAUAAGAAUCGGGCCCGAGAAAUGGAAAAGAUUCGCCGGUUGAUGAAAACGAUCGAGGGAUAUGCGUCAGUACUCAGAGAGCGCGCUGAAGCACUGGAGAGACUGAGGCACACCUCGACUCUGCAGCGUCGAUGAAAGUAUACUGUGGGAUCUAUUUUCUAUAGAUCAGGCAGAAGAAACCCAGACAAAGGGAGAAUAGGUCAAGGGGUUGUGAGAAACAUCUCCAAGGCACGCGACCUCGUAUAGAGGGCCUUUUGCAGACGGAACCCGUAGACUUGCACUUGUUACCUUUUGCAUGUGCUUAUCAGGAUACGAAGGGAAAGCAACGAACAUAGGAAGUUAUAGUACCAUAGUAGUAUUUAGCACCCGCUAACUAGUUACGACUCCACAGCAAAUAUGAAAUUGGGGCAUGAGCUCCCCAUCUCGUCUUCUU